CAACAACAUCUCAACUACCAGAAGCCUUCCUCGAAACAACUGUAGUAAUAGAAACACAAACAGUACUAAACAAAUUAAUCGCACAAGAAUACUUACUAGAAGCAACUAUAACCAAGUUCCCAGGAAA